AUGGAGGACGCAUAUGUUAAAACUAUCGAAGAAGUAGUAAAUUAUUUCAAUGUUGACAUAGAUAAAGGGUUAACACAAGAACAGGUGUUAGAGGCUCAGAAUCAACACGGAAAAAAUGGCAUGUAUUGUGAGCCAUCCUUUUUAACACGCGAUUUGUUCGAAACUAAUACUCUAUUAGAACUGCCACCAGAGGAGUCCACACCACUUCUGGAAUUGAUAUUAGAACAAUUUAAAGAUCAACUUGUCAUUAUACUUUUGGUUGCCGCAGCGGUGUCCUUUGUUCUCGCGUUAUUGGAAGAAGCUGAUGAAAAGGGCACAGCAUUUGUGGAACCUAUUGUGAUUUUACUGAUAUUAAUUGCUAAUGCAACUGUCGGUGUUGUACAAGAGACAAAUGCUGAAAAAGCCAUUGAAGCUUUAAAGGAAUAUUCCCCUGAUGAGGCCAAAGUUCUUCGAGAAGGUCACUUGUCAAAAAUUCAUGCUUCCGAACUUGUUCCCGGUGAUAUUAUCGAUGUGUCGAUUGGUGAUCAAAUUCCCGCUGAUUCGCGUCUAAUUAAAAUCAUAUCAUCAACUUUCCGAGUUGAUCAGGCAAUUUUGACUGGUGAAAGUGUUAGUGUGAAUAAAGAUACGGCACCAAUUUCAGACAAAAGAGCUGUAAAACAAGAUCAGAUAAACAUCUUAUUUGCGGGAACGUCUGUGGUAAUUGGCAGAGCUCGAGCGAUAGUAGUUAAAACAGGCACUGGUACUGCAAUUGGUGAUAUUCAUAAGAGUAUAGCAGCACAGAUAUCUGAGCGUACUCCUUUAAAACGGAAAUUAGACGAUUUCGGUGAUUUAUUAGCCAAGGUGAUUUCAGUUAUUUGUAUUCUCGUAUGGUUGAUCAAUAUUCGCCAUUUCAAUGAUCCUUCACAUCACGGCUGGUUAAAAGGUGCAAUAUAUUACUUCAAAAUUGCUGUUGCGCUCGCAGUUGCCGCUAUACCUGAAGGACUUGCCGUUGUUAUAACAACAUGUCUGGCAUUGGGAACCAAAAAAAUGGCAAAGAAAAACGCCAUUGUUCGAUCUUUACCUUCUGUUGAAACUUUGGGUUGCACAAGUGUAAUUUGCUCCGAUAAGACUGGCACUUUGACAACAAAUAAAAUGAGCGUGUCACGGAUACUUCUUGUCGCUUCAGAUUUAGCAAAACUUGAAGAGUUUCAUGUUGAAGGAUCUAGUUAUGCUCCUGUUGGUAAUAUCUCUAAUGCAGAUGAUGGUAAAAUUGUUGAAAAUUUACCAACCAAAAAUCAUUCCAUUAAUGAGCUGGCACAAGUCUGUGCCUUAUGUAAUGAUUCUCGCAUAGUAUAUGACGAGUAUAAUAACUAUUAUCGCAAUGUUGGUGAGCCAACCGAAGCCGCACUUAAAGUUCUCGUUGAAAAGCUUGGGUCGAACGACGAAUCCUUUAACUUAAAAUUAAGUCAUAAAUCCCCCAAGGAACGUGUCAUGGCUGUUAACACAUAUUAUGAGAAUAAGUCGACACGAUUGGCAACUCUCGAAUUCUCACGCGAUCGGAAAUCAAUGUCUGUUGUUGUAGCUGAAGCUGGAAAUUCAUAUGGAAAAUUACUUGUCAAAGGAGCACCCGAAUCUAUACUGGAUAGAUGUACUUCUGUUCGUAUAUCUUCUACAACAGAAGGUUCACAGACAAAGAUCACACCAACGAUUCGUCAAAAAUUAAAUGAAAAAAUAUUAGAAUACGGUCGGAAUGGGCUGCGUGUUCUUGCAAUAGCUGUAGUGGAUUCUGUGAGUGCGCGCUUAGAGGAAUGGAAUUUGAGCGAACCCGCAAAAUUUAUAGAUUUCGAACAAAACAUGACUUUUGUUGGACUUGUGGGAAUGUUGGAUCCUCCGCGUCCCGAAGUACCAGACGCUAUAAUCAAAUGCAAAACUGCUGGAAUUCGUGUCAUUGUAAUUACUGGUGAUAAUAAAGAUACGGCAGAGUCAAUAUGUCGAAAAAUUGGUGUCUUUGGAGAACACGAGGAUUUAACAGGAAAAUCUUUUACCGGACGAGAAUUUGAUGGAUUCUCUGCUGAAAAAAAAGCAGAAGUAGUGCAUACUGCAAAUUUGUUCUCGAGAACAGAACCUUCACAUAAGAGUGAACUUGUUGAUUUACUUCAAAGCCAAGGAGAAAUCGUUGCAAUGACUGGUGACGGUGUAAAUGAUGCACCCGCUUUAAAGAAAGCCGAUAUUGGUGUGGCUAUGGGCUCGGGCACAGAUGUGGCCAAGUUAGCAGCUGAUAUGAUUUUGGCUGAUGACAAUUUUGCUACAAUAGAAAGAGCGGUUGAAGAAGGUCGUUCUAUAUAUAAUAAUACGAAACAAUUUAUUCGAUACUUGAUUAGUUCCAAUAUAGGAGAAGUUGUUAGUAUAUUCCUUACCGUACUUCUUGGUAUGCCAGAGGCACUUAUUCCCGUUCAAUUAUUAUGGGUUAACUUAGUCACCGACGGGCUUCCAGCCACUGCAUUAGGUUUUAACCCACCAGAUCACGAAAUUAUGCGUCAGCCUCCCAGAAGUAGUCGAGAACCUAUUGUUGGCAAAUGGCUAUUUUUUAGAUACUUAGUGGUUGGUACUUAUGUUGGUGCAGCUACGGUAUUCGCUUACGCAUGGUGGUUUAUGUUUUAUCAAGACGGACCACAAAUUAGUUAUUACCAAUUGACAAAUUUCCAUAAAUGCCACGAACUAUUCCCGGAAAUCGGCUGUGAAAUGUUUAUUAAUGAUAUGUCGAAACGCGCCACAACAAUGUCACUUACAGUUCUAGUAACUAUUGAGAUGUUGAAUGCCAUGAACUCGCUUAGUGAAAAUGAAAGUCUAUUCACUUUACCACUCUGGGAAAACUUAUAUCUUGUAUUUGCUAUUGCGUUGUCAAUGUUACUUCACUUUAUGGUGCUAUAUAUGCCAUUCUUUUCGAAUCUGUUUGCCAUUCUUCCACUUAAUUGGAUCGAAUGGAAAGCUGUCCUGUGGAUAUCUGGCCCAGUCAUCGUAAUUGAUGAAGUGAUGAAGUUUUUCAGUCGUACAUUAAUAGCACCAAAAACAAAACUCAAAACAGAAUGA